UUUGCAUGGAGACCCGGCCGCUGGUGCAAACGCUCGGCGGUGGGGCCCGAGGCGCCCCGAGCCGCCCGGGGUGUGCGGGGCGCGGCCCGCUCGCUCGCUCCGCCGGGUGCCACGUCCCCCGCCAGCCCGCCUCGGGCACCUUUCUUCCGGCUUCCGCGCACCUCUUCCCGGCGGCGGCCCGCGCGAAGCCAGGAUGCUACCGCGGCGGCGGCGAGCGCGGACCGGCUCCCCCGGCGGCCCGGCCCUCCCCGGCCCCGCCUGCCCCUGCCCGCCUCACUUCCCCGGGGUCGCCAUCCACCUGGCCGAGCCGCGCAUGGGCCGCAGCCGCCGCGCCUUCCUCACGCGCCUGGCGCUCUCUAAGGGCUUCCGGGUCCUGGACGCUUACAGCUCCGAGGUGACGCAUGUGGUAAUGGAACAGACCUCGGCAGAGGAGGCCAGGUGCUGGCAGGAGCAUAGGGCGGCGGCCUCUCCUCCAGAGGGCACCCGCCCGGCGCUGCUGGACAUCAGCUGGUUCACGGAAAGCAUGGCGGCUGGCCGGCCUGUGCCCGUGGAGCCUCGGCACCGUCUGGAGGCAGCUGUGCCCGGGAAAGGGCCGCCCAGUCCCGUGAGGGUGCCACCCUACGCCUGCCAGCGCCCCACGCCACUCACACACCCCAACACCAGCUUCUCGGAGGCUCUGGAGGUGCUUGCAGAGGCCGCAGGCUUUGAGGGCAGUGAGGGCCGCUUCCUCUCCUUCCGCAGAGCCGCCGCGGUGCUCAAGGCCCUUCCGAGCCAGGUCAUGGCCCUGAGCCAGCUGCAGGGGCUGCCCAACUUUGGAGAACACUCCUGCAGGGUCGUCCAGGAGCUGCUGGAACAUGGGGUGUGUGAGGAGGUGGAGAGGGUCCGGCGGUCAGAGCGGUACCAGACCAUGAAGCUUUUCACCGGGAUCUUUGGGGUUGGGGUAAAGACUGCUGACCGCUGGUACCGAGACGGGCUGCGGACCCUGGACAGCCUCCACGAACAGCUCCAAAGGCUGACCCAGCAGCAGAGAGCAGGGGCCCGUGCUUCUGCAGGACUCCAGCACUACCGUGAGCUGAGCGUCCCGGUGCAGCGGCCAGAAGCCGAGGCCUUGCAGCAGGAGGUGGAGGCUGCCGCGGUGGACAUCCUGCCCGGGGCCACUGUGACACUGGUGGGCGGCUUCCGGAGGGGUAAGUUGCACGGCCACGAUGUGGACUUGCUGCUCAGCCAUCCCCAGGAGGGCCUGGUGGCAGGGCUCCUGCCCCACGUGAUGCGCCGCCUGGAGAGGCAGGGCCUUGUCCUGUACCACCAGCACCACUGCGGCCACCCCGAAGACGCUGCGCACCGGACCUGGCACAGCAACACCAUGGACGCCUUUGAGAAGAGUUUCUGCAUUUUCUGCCUUCCACAUUCCCCAGGGGCCGCAGCAGGGGGCGCCCACAGGCGGGCCGUGCGCGUGGACCUGGUGGCGGUCCCUGUCAGCCAGCUCCCCUUCGCCCUGCUUGGCUGGACGGGCUCUAAGCAUUUCGAGCGGGAGCUGCGCCGCUUCAGCCGGAAGGAGAGAGGGCUGUGCCUGAACAGCCAUGGGCUCUUUGACCCUGAGCAGAAGAUGCUGCUCCAUGUUGCCUCUGAGGAAGACAUAUUCAGGCACCUGGGCCUCGAGUACCUUCCUCCAGAGCAGAGAAACGCCUGAACCUGCCUGCCCGGCCCACUCAGCGCUGGCAAGCCAGGCCCCGUGGGCUCCGGGAGAAGCUGCACUGCUGCCCCAGGCCCUUGCCCCUGCCGACCCCUGACCGGAGCCCCACUGUGCAGGGCACUUCUCGCCCCCUCCCCAACUUCCAGUCCAGCAUCUAAUGAAAUGAGCACGUUGUCCAAACCAAGCUCUGUGUUCUGAGCAUGCUGCUAUGACGGGGGAGCGCGGGGCACCUGGCCCCCAUCAGCUAUGGGGUAAUGGUUGAGGGUUGGGGACAGGGGCCACCAUGGCAGGGUGCCACUGGGCCAGUGAGAACAUGACUGGUGCUGUCUCCCUGGUGGGGCGGUUGAGGAGCCUGAGGUGGUGGAUGGCGGUCUCCCAGGGCUCCGAGCCGGGAGAUGAGGGCCUGGAGCACCCCCCGCCCCAAGAGUCUGCCAACAUUUGGAGAGGGACAGGAUGCAGAGCUGGAGCUGGGGUGGGUGGGGCAGAGACUUUCGGGUGCUGACCCCCACCUCCCAAGCAGGCGUCCCAGCUCUGCCUUUGCUCUUCCAAGCUCUGUCCUCAGGCCUUUAACAGCAGGUCGAUCAGCGUCCCCCCUCAUUCCUCACAUUCUGUAGCUCCCCUCCUCUGCACACCCCUCCCCCCGCUCUGACUGAGCCGCACACGCCUGUGGGGCCAUCAUGGAGGGGCACUGAGUGUGCGGAGUCCCCUGCUUGGCCCUCGGGCCUGCUCCCACUCCAGUGCCCUCGCUGCUGGACUGUCCACUUGGAACACUGUCCUGACGCACAGGUCUUUGUCAGGUUAGGGCUCCCCGGACCACUCUCUGGAAUAAAAAAUAUUUUUUAAAGUAA